CGAUUGCUGACUCGGCCAAGUAAUUAGAAAACAAAACUGACUUCUCAGUCUCCAGUCUCCACGGCAUUUCCCAAAUUUCAACGGCGUUGGAUAUUAAAUCCAUUGUUAUUAUUAUAUUCAUUAAUUUCUCCAAAAUGGCGAUAUUAGUUUUACUCUGUUUCUCUCUGAUCGCCGUCUCCACCAUCAGCAGCUGCCAUGGCCUGCAGAUCGGAGUUUAUUGGGGACAGGGUCGGAGUGAAGGCAGCCUGAUUGAUGCUUGCGCCACCGGCAAUUACCAAAUCGUCAACAUAGCCCAUCUCAAUUCAUUUGGCACAGGCCAAAAUGGGCCGCUUAAUUUAGUCGGCCACUGCGAUCCAACCACCGGCGACUGUACUAAAUUGAGCAAAGACAUUAAGUCAUGUCAAGCCUUGGGCAUCAAGAUUUUUCUCUCCAUUGGCGGCGGUGCCGGUAGCUACACUCUGAAUUUCACUGACGAUGAUGCCACCGACGACGCCUUAUACUUAUGGAACAAUUUCCUCGGCGGAGAAUCAAGCUCCCGUCCUUUAGGCGACGCCGUAUUGGACGGCAUUGAUUUCGUUGUCGCAUGGGAUCCAUCAUCAAAGCAUAGAGAUAAGCUUGCCAAAGCGUUAAUGAAAUACAAGGAACAGAGUAAAAAUAAAUUUUACUUAUCUGCUGCUCCAGAAUGUCCCUUCCCUGAUGCGGGUCUACAGCCUGCUCUUAACACAGGAGUCUUUGAUUACGUUUGGGUACAAUUUUACAACAAUCCCCCUUGCGAUUAUUCGCACGGCAGUCUAGACAAUUUGCUGCGUAGUUGGAAAAAGUGGACAGAAAUUAAUGCAGGCCAAGUGUUUGUUGACUUGCCAGCAGAUUCAAAAGUGGCAUUUUCGGGAUAUAUUCCUCCUGAUGUGCUCAGAAAUCGAGUGUUACCGGAGCUUAAACGCAAUUCAAAAUUUGGGGGAGUGGUUUUGUGGUCUAGAGAAUAUGAUAAUGGAUAUAGUUCAAUCAUCAACCAAAAAGUAUGUGGAUCGGCCUGGAGUGAUUCUACGAGUGAUAUGGCGAUGUUCCCCAUGGGAAGUAAGUUCGUUGGUGGACAAGGGUUUAAAACUUGUAGAGGAACUUGUGUGCUGUGAAAUCUGUGAUAACAAAUUGGAAGUUAAUUGAUUUAUAAGAAACAACCUUUGAAUUCAAUGAUUUGUUGAAGUAUCAACUGCCACAGAGUAGAAGGCGGUUUCUACUACAACUUUUUUUCGUCCAAAGUUAUAUGAUUGUUUCCUAUAAAUAAAUUAACUUCCAAUUCAAAUUUA